AUGUGGUACCUGCUCUGUAUUCCUUUAGUUUCAGCUGCAUAUGGCGGUAUAGGUUCGUUUUUGAGAUUUUUUAAAUGAGAAAUAUUCAUUUUUGGACUCAUUUUUGCAAUAAUUAAUGUUCAUUCAGUGAGUUUUUUUAACUAUCAAGUUUUUUCAUCAGUUUUUGAUCAUUCCAUGUGAUUUUUUCACGUCACUAUUUCGUACAUUCUUUUUCCUUUCAUUUGUUCCGUCAGUUUAGUUUUUGGGAAAUAAUACAUUUUGAUUGAGUUGAAAUGAAAAUUUGAGAAGGAUGAAGGGCAUUUUUUGAUUAAAAUUAAGAAAACUAGACCUUUGCCAUUUUAGGACCCCCAAAAUUAUUAUUACAACCCGAAGAAGAAGUUUGGUAUCACCUGGGCGAGGAGGAGUACCAAAGAAGGUUGACACUGAAAUGCGAAGCUGAAAAUGCCGACACGUGGGUUCUUUUUUCCGAUUUUCCGAGCUUUAAAAAAUAUUUACAUCCUCUCACUUGAAAUUUUCGAUUUUUUUUUUCAAUUUACAUUGAUUUAACCUCCGUCAGCUUCAUAGGACCUUGAGGAUAUAAUGUUUGAAAGUUUUAAAAAUGGGAGUUUUUUGAAAGUACAGUAGUUUUAAGUCUAGGAGGGAAUUAUGAGGCUUCUUAGAAUAUUUAAGUAACAAUCUGGAAAAAAAUUUUUUUGAAGUUUGUAUAUCUUUUUCUUGAACAAUCUAUGAAAGCAGUUACUUAUAAUAAUCAAAUUGAAAUAAGUGAAAAUGUAAUUUUUUUAAAGUAUUAAUUUGCGAAAUUUUUGUUCUGAAUUCAAAUUUUUGAAUUUUCUCUAUUUUUCUAUUAUCGACGAAAAAGCCUUCACGACUUCAAUUCCCCCUUCUCGAAAGAAAAUUCCCUCGUUUCACAAAGGACUGAACUGUUCCCUCUUCAGGUUUACCUGGGUAAAAAACGGGCGGCAGUUGAGCGUCGGAGCUGGUGACAUCGAUUGGGAACGCCCCGGCCAAUCCGGCUCGAUUUUCUUCCACCGGUCGAAGCCCCACAAUCAGGGAUAUUAUCAAUGUUUUGCCGCGAAUAUCUUUGGAGUUGCUGUGUCGAACAAAGUCCAUGUUCGGUUGGGAUGUGAGUGAAAUUUCGAUUUUUAAGUAUAGUCCAUAAAUAGUUGAUAAAUAGGCAUUUUUUCCUAAAUUGUGUGACCUUUUUCCCUCAGAAUCCGCUUCAAUUCGGUAAAUAAAAAAGCUGGAUCGAAAUAGCCGCGAUAGAAGCAGCUUAUGCGCUCCAUGGACGGCCUUUUUUCACUUUUUGUGAUGAUGAAAGUUUUGAAAGUAAUCCUUUUUAUAAUAACUUUUGGAUUUUGUAUAUAAAAUUCCUCUGUUUAGAACUUUAUCAUUAUCGGAGUUUGUCAACUCAUCUUGAUAGUUUUAUCUUGGCUGACAAAAUUGCCGCCAAACACGAAAUGAGGGAAACUUCCAAACGAGCUGCCAUUUAUCACACUUUGAGCGUCUGACGUUGAAAAAUAACUUGCGAGCCAGAAAAAAAGCAAUAAUCAUAUUUUAUCACGUCCAGAGGACCUCCAUCGCAUCUGACGACGUUUUCACGAAAAAACGGGAGCUUGAUUAGAUAUUUUUCAACGAAGUUUAACAGAUUUUUUUUUGGAAGUUGAUCUUGAAGAGUUUUCAGAACCUCAUUGAGAAGUUUUUUUUUCUUUGAAAUUCAAAUUUUUUUUUCCACCUCUAGCCUAAGAAAAAAUGCUACAGAGCUGUCAAAACCUCUCCUUUUCACCUGCUAUUUUGCCAAUAGAUUCAUUCGAAGCUUCAACCAAUGAAGACCCAAUUAAUUUUGUCUCUGCUUGAAGAUCCAACCAAUGGUCAUCCGAAUCCAUUGUUUUUGAUGACCAUUCGCCUUUCCAAAGCGCCUUUGAUACAAGAAAGAAAAGCCGCCUUUUGCAAUGGGAGAAAGAUCAAUGCGAGUAAUCACGCCAACUUGUUCCGGUCGACGUGUUUCGGCGGCAUCCGGAAAGGCGUCACCCUCUCAGAAAACGGGGCUUGCAAGCAAACCAGAAAGUAUUUUGGGUUUUGCACGAUUUUCUGUUUUUAAUAGGGUAUUUUGGGGCUUUUCAAUAGAAUUUGUAGUUCGAAAAGUGAAUAGAAAGGGGGAAAAUGGGAAAAAAAAUUCGGCAAAAAUGGUUCAGAUUUUUAUAAGAGGAAAACUCUUUGAAAAAAAGCAAUGGUUUAUAAUUGGAAAAAAAUUAGAAAUAUUUUUGGCUCAAGCUCGAUUUUUUUCCUGUUUUUUUCGAAGGAAAUUUUAAAAAAACUUGUUUAGUGCUUAAACUUACGCGCAUGAUAAAAAAAAGCGACAAAAAAAAUCUAGCAAAAAAUAUUUUUUAAAAAAGAAAAAAGAUGGUUUGCGCUCCAUGGAGAACUGAUAUUUCCGAAAAAAAAUAAUUUUACGGCUUUUCACAGGUCAAGGAUUUUUUAACACCUUUUUUCGAAAAAUGAGCUUUUUUUGAGAAAUUCUACGGUGCUGAACGUUUUCUUAUAGCUUGAAGCUUUUGAAUCGAAAAUGUUGAGCUGAGAAAAUUGUAAGGGAUCUGAGAAAUGAACCGAAAAAUCUGGUUAGCCAGCCAUUUUGCAGCUGCCUUUUUUGGUCCAUACAAAUCCUCAGAAACGCUUCUCGCGGCCCAAUCAGUCGUUGGGCCGUUGGAGGUGAUUUUCAGAGCAUUUUGCGGCACUCAAGACAAUCUGACAGCUUGAGAGGCUCUCAAUUGUGCGUUUGUAGGCGUGAGAAUUUUGGGACCUCUUAGGAAAAAUCCAGGAAAUUAUUGAUUUUUUGAAGUAUUUUUGAAAUUUAUUUUCUGAUAAGACUCGGAAAUAUGAAGAAAAAGUUUCAGCCCUGGAACACUUCCCAAAAAGGCCGGUCCGGGUGAUCAACGUACGAGAAGGCGAUUCUUUGACGGUCGAUUGCGCUCCACCGCGAGGCACUCCUGAUCCGGAGCUCAUUUGGCUCUAUAGGUUGGUUUUGGGCAUUCUUGGGCAAGUAAAAUGCUCAAUUUUUCCUGGAUAGGUUGACUUAAAAGAUUUUGAGAAGAAAAGGUAUAAAAAUGAUUUGGAAGGAAGUUAUGACCAUACGUAGUUUUAUUUCCAACCUCAGAAUGGUAGUACAGAAUUUUAUUCAAGAAAACUUGGAAGGAGGUCCAGGCGGCCUUCAAAAAUGGUCUGAAAAUCAAAAGAAAUCAAGAAUGAAAAAGGUAUUUUCAAGCCGAAAAAUGGGUAAAAAGUCGGUUUAGUUAUUGAAAACUGAAAGAAAAUUAAACUUUGAGUUGAUUUUUUUUUUCUUGUACGAAGAAAAAUAAUUCACAGUUGCAUGUAGAAUGACCAGGCGCCUUGCGGAUGUGGAGUGGUUGUUUUCAAAAAGCUCCCGACUUGGAACGACUUGCGCUCGAAAGAGUUAGGGAAUACUGAGCCGCGACUCGAGUUGAGCCAUUCCAAGUGCGGUUACUCAUAGGUAAAUUUAUCAGAGCGAAAAUUCCUUGAAAAAGGAGUGGCGAUUUGUAAUUUUAAACAGUUGCUCUGAAGUUGAGAUUCGAAAUGUUGAACUACUGAAUUUCUCUCACCUAUGGCAUCUUUUAGAAGAAGUCCACGUUUAAGAGUCUUUUUAAGCCACUUCCGACUUGAGACGACUUUCAUCCAUCCAUAUGUGGGUAUAUUAACUACAUAGUUUUCUAUUUUCUGAAUUUUAUAUAUCCUCUUCGCAACAUCUUUUCAUUACUUCUGAUCUCUCUGCCUCUUGCUCUUUUGACCUUGUCAGCGAGAUAAAAGAGAGCGCAGACAGGUCAGAAUAAUUCAGUGGAGUAUAUCGAAUUAAAGCUGAACACAUUUCGAAACACGCCCCGAACUUUUUCAUUAGUUCAUCUGAAACGCCUGGUCAUUUCCAACUACUUUGUUAACACGCGCCCCGUAAUUUGAUUCCCCGCCGACCCUCCGUCAGACGUUCGUUUCGCACGUCCAGCUCAGCCUCUCACAACAACAUUAUGCAACUAAUUUCGGAGGAGCAGGAGUGGAGCACAACUCCAUUUGUAUGCGGGCCUCUUGCAAAAUUGAAAUCGAGUCGAAACCAUGCUCUUGGAUGAAUUUCCGCAGAGGGACUUUUUGAGGUCUUUUCAGCUCCGUUUUUUGAGAAUAGAUUCUUUACAGUUUGGAUGGAGAAGUUCAAAACUAAAGAAAUUAGGCUUCUUAGCUUGAAAAAUAAGAGGUUUAAAAAGCUGAAAAUUUUUUGAAGUACGAAAAUUUUGCUUUUCAAAGUGGUAUUGGAUUGUCGUAUGAAAAAAAAAUUGAGAGGCCAGGUGAACAUUCUUUUUUUCUGUUCAACUUUGAUAUGAAUUCAGUUUCAAACUGAUUUGAAAUUUUGCAACUUAUCCGGAUAUUCCAGUUGACUUUCGACCGCACGGGAGAUUCUGAAAGAGAAAGGGGAAAAAAAACUGUAAGAGGUGUCUAUAAUUAUGACGCAGGAAAAAUAAUUUGCUUUUUUUUUGAUUUUCCAAACAUUAUUGUACGAGGAAUUGGGUUUUAGUUAACGAAUUUUUUUUAGUUUCAGUUCAUUUUGAAGUUUUUCGAAAAUGUAUUUUUAUUUCCGAGAAAAUCGCACUCUCGCGAAAAGCUUAGAAAUCUUGUGUCCAUAAUUAUGACGCAGUCGAAAAAACUGCCUUUGAAGUGUUAGAGAAAAAGGAGAAAAUUUAAUUUUUUUUAGGUGCUUUGUCAGAUUGGUUUUUCUACUGAAAUUGCUGGCUUAAAAAGAAUAACCUCGAAUAAAAAGCUUGUUUCAAUUAUUAAGACGCGCAAUACACACUGGUUGAUUACAUAAAAAAUGAGCUACAUUCCCUGAGAUUCUGAAAAGCUACAGACUUUUGAAAAUUGAUUUUUUCAGAGAUUCUGAAGACAGCACGGUGAUUGAGACGAUCCGAAGUCGCCAUAUCACUACGGACGCCCAGGGACGACUACAAUUUUCAACCGUUGAGCUUUCCGAUGGCCGAUCUUCUCUUCUUUAUGAAUGUGCGGCGACGUCGCCAGUACUGAGAGGGGAAUACCGAUCUGGGGAUCAGGUCCGACUCGAAGUCUCGCCGAGGAGUGGUGAGUUCGGUGGAUGUGGUGUUGAAAGGAACAAGGGUCUCAAAACUGGGAAUAACUCUAUACUUUUCGAAAAUCGUUACACAAUAACCUUUCGUCAGGAUUUGAAACACUCUGACUUGUCUGCGCUCUCUUUUCCCUCGCCGGCAAGGUCAAAGGCGUAGGAAAAUAGCAUUUUAAUUUAAGAGUGUUGCCGAGAAAAAAGAGAAAGCAGAGUUUUUCGAAAUUUGGCGAAUGAAGUCUAGAAAUCUAAUUCGAAAUUAAGAAGGUUUUUAUCUUAUUUUCCGCUAUUUUCCGUCCCUUUCGAGUAUUUUGCGUGAGUCUUAGGACUUUUAGGGUUUUAAAUAAAGUUCCAAUUUUCAACUUUUUGAAUUUCUAUUCCGAUGAAGUGAACCUUUGUUGCAAAUUUAUGAGAAAAGUGCAUAGGAAUGGGUGCAAAAUCAAUCAAUAAUCAAUCAGUAAAUUACUCAAUCGAUUCUUCAAAAAAUGGAUCGAAUAUUUUCGUUUUGAGAGACUUGAUCCGUUAUGCUCAAACUUUUCGUCGCGUCUUAUCAUUUUCCCGCUUUUGUACCGCCAUUCCUUGUUGUUAAGUAAGCAGUGCAUGUGGAAAACGACGUUGUGGUGCAGACAAGGCGGCGACCGCCAUCAAGAAACUCUACGUCAGUCCUGCGGAGAUCACCGUAAGGGCCGGGACAAGACUCAAGAUCCAGUGCAUCUUCGGUGGGAGGUAAAUCUUACUUUGAUUGGAGAUUUCAGAAAAAGAAGGAGUUGUUUUUAAACAAUAAAGAAAGAUAUUUGAUUUUAGUAUUCAUUUAAAAAAAAUUUUUCAAGUUUUAACUGUUGUCAGAGUCCUAUGAAGAGAAUUAUUUUUCAACGAAAAAGGUUAUAUUCAGAAAAAAAAAAAAUUAAAAAUGAGUUCCUACCAAUUUCAGACCACUUCCAACCGUUUUCUGGUCGAAAAUUGAUGGAGAACUGCCCAAAGGACGAUUAAAGGUGAAUAAAAGUGUCAAAGAGUGAGGGAACGUGGAAAAUGAGGAGACGCAGAUUAUCUAACUCUCUGGCGUCUCUUCAAUCCUAACGCUCUCUCAGGCAUGAUCCUGAAGUUAAAUGAGAUGAUGCCUAAUUCACACAAAAAUAUUGGCCGCAAGUGGAAUGACUUGGCUGUUUCAAAGUGCAUCCGACCAAAAACGACUUACGCGCAGGAGUUAUAAAAGCAAGCCUAGAAUGUUUCUGAAAAGUCGGAUUUUAACUCUUUGCUGCUGCAAUGAGACAGUAUCCAAUAAAUCUUCGAAAUGCGAAAAGCAGAGAUUAAGAACUUUCCUCAAGCCGCAACGCGACCGCCACGCUUCGAGUCAUUCCACUUGCCACCACAGGUCGAACCAAUUGAAUGACUUCUAGGAUCUCACAUCUGCGGAGAGCGACUUUGGCAAGUCGUUCAUCGUAGACAAUGUUCAUCCAGAAGACGCCGGAACUUACGAAUGUCGUGCACGUCAUCUGGUCCACACCGUCAAUGUUCGAGUCCUAGGUUUCACAAGGAUAACGUCAGAAUAAUAACUAUAACUUUCAGCCGCACCUUUUUGGGAGUUUGACGAGCCGCCGAGGAACGUCGAACAAGCCGAGGAGAGCACUGGAGAGCUGGAAUGCCUGGCCGGCGGCCAACCGACUCCCAUCAUCACCUGGAGCAUGAAUGGAGUGCUGCUCCAUGGUGAGAGCUCCUUCAAGAACCUCCUGAAGGGUUUUGAGCUGCAGAACUGCCCGAGGACCAUCGGAGAGUCCUGCUCGACCAUGGCAGAGUCUUAAGGAUCCGACAGUUGAAUCAUGACGUCGACACGGGGGUCUACCAGUGCAAUGCGAGUAAUCCGCUUGGUUAUGUCUACACCAAUGCGUAUGUCCAUGUCAAGGGUGGGUUUUAUGGAGAAAAAUAAUUGGUUUAUUUUUGCAAAAAAUUUGAAGAUUGACACAGGAGAAAAAUGCAGUAGAAUAAUCAGAAUUUUUAAAGCGACUUGACCCACUCUGCGUCAUAAUUAUUGACUCACAGAUAACUUUCGAGCUUCUAAAAUUUUUCACGGUGAAGUAUAAUCUGCCCGCCGCGACUUGACAGUUUUCGCAUGUCUGCGUCUCUGUUCUCUCACUGGCGAGGUCAGAGAAACAUGAAAAUAGCGCGUCAACAUGAGAGGGUCACCGAGAGACCAGGAGGGCGUAAAAAUUUGUGAAAUUUGAGGCAUUUUUUUUUCAAUCGCCAAAUUUUAACAGUUUUCUGAUCCAAAUCGAACGAAAAAGCUUCCGAAAACUUCACAAAAAAAGUUAUACAACAAUGCACGUAAAAAGUCUCAAUACAGUUUUUUUUUUGAGUCAUUCAUGGUAAGUUAAAAAAUUAUAAAGGGGAUGGAUUGCAGCUCACGAGCCCCGCUUCCUAAUCCCUACCCAGCGAAACUGGAAAGUCGUCCUUCAUUCGACGGUCUACUUGGAUUGUAGCGUCGAUGCCGCCCCGGAACCGAUAGUUCGAUGGGUCGACGCCGAUGAUAGGCCUAUUCAAAUCGUCGAGGGCAAGCAUCAGGUUCAUUUUCACUUGAUUCAAAAAUGUUUAGGUUAUGUUCUAAGGUGGUAGAAGAGUUCCUCGAGCUUUUCCUAUUCCUCAGCUUUGAUAAGAGUUACAAUGAGAAAUGGUAUAGUCCAUUCACGCCUGUCUUGUAA